CGAAACCUUCUCCUGAACUUCUCUCUCUAAAAAAUGGCGCCUUCUGCCACUGCUUCUGAGUCACUGUCUCCCUCGACGACGGUGGACACUACCGAGAAUAAUCUCCAGCCCUUUUUUGUUCUUCACAGAGCACGGUCUCGGAAAUCGGAGAAAAAACCAACCGGAACCUGGAAAACCAGGAGGCGUAUUGAUUUGUCUCCAUCAUUACCUAAGAAUGGUGAGAACUUAGACGCUGAGAAAGCUGAAGCAUGGGAUGAUUGUCGGCAUGUGAACAUAAGAAUGGAAGCUUUUGAUGAUGUUUGGUCGAAGAUCAAGUCAACCAUUAAAGAUGUUUUGAGGGAUAUCAACACCAAUGUAUUCAAUGAGAUACAUCAUUGGGUUCGCGAGUCUUUCAACAUGAUCACAUCAUUUGUAAUACCUACAUUUCCUGAAGCAACGGGGUCUUUUCCAAUGGUAACAGAUGCUGCAUCUAAACAACUAUUCACUGGGCUGGUUCUCACCAAAAAUAUGGAGUUUGUUGAUGAUCUGCUGACUUUCGAAGAGCUAGGAUCAUAUUUGAAAUCUCAAGGAUGCCAUGUGGCUAACCUUUCCUCACUGGAGUUUUCAGUGAAAAACGGUAUUGGUGGUUGUCUAAGAAGUUUAUUGAGACAGUUCUUAAUGGUUACUUUAGAUGCAGCUGAUGUAUCCAUCUUAGCAACAUGGUACAGAGAACAAGGAAGCUGUAAUUAUCCAGUGGUCAUAAUAAUAGAGGAUAUGGAGCGAUGUAGUGGGUCUGUCUUGUCUGACUUCAUCCUCAUGUUAAGUGAAUGGGUGCUUAAAAUCCCAGUGGUUUUAAUAAUGGGAGUUGCAACAACUCUUGAUGCUCCUAAAAGUAUACUUCAGUCAAAUGCGCUACACCAUUUGUGCCCUAGUAAAUUCAUUUUGGGAACUCCUCCAGAGAGAAUGGAUGCUGUUGUUGAGGCUGUUCUUGUGAAGCAGUGUUCUGGAUUCGGUAUAAGCCACAAGGUGGCAGUUUUUAUGAGAAAUUAUUUUGUAAGCCAAGAUGGAACUAUAACAUCUUUCAUAAGAGCUUUAAAGAUAGCAUGUGCUCAACAUUUCUUCAUGGAACCCCUGAGCUUCAUGCUCUGGUUUCUUCUUGGAGAUGACAAUCUGAUGUUACAAGGUGAAAAGUGUGGAUUGUCACCAGAAUUGAUGCUCAAGCAUGCUUUGAACCUUCCAUCUUAUCAGUCUUAUGGAAGAAAUAAAAUAGCCAAACAGCAUGGCGAAACUUUAGUAAAUGGUUUGGCAGAAUUGAAGAAAUUGCAGUGUCAAUGGAGCAUUGUGAUUCUGUGUCUAUAUGAAGCUGGAAAGUGUGAUAAAGUCACACUAUUAGACCUUUUCUGCGAGGCCCUUGAUCCUGAAUCAUUCAAGUCAAGGGCUCCUGACAAUGGUGGGGGCUUAGAAAAUGACUCUGGAGUAUCUUCAAGUGAUUGUUACAAGCAUCAGCAAUAUCAAACUACACGGAAUAGUGGUUUUAUUUGUCAGGCUGUGCGAAAGUUGAGGGAUCUUCCAGCAGUGCAGCUACGUAAGCUGCUGAAGGGUUGGGAAAAAUAUACUGUGAAUGUCCCUCAGAUUCAUGACAAAGUGAAGAAGUCGCUAUCUGAAAUGAAGUUUGAGGAUGGCAAGAGUUUGGGGCAAGAUUUAAGCACCAUAUCCAAGAGACAUUCAUCUCGUAAACAUUUGAAAAUUGAAGACUCCAAAGCAGUAAAUGAGAAAGCUGCAAAGCUAUUAGAGAGCAUGGUUAGGAACUAUAUGCAGCCCCUUGAGUGUGUACCUUUCCAUGAAAUUGUCUGCUUUAAGAAUGUCAAUGCACUUCAAACAGCUUUAAUUGGAGACCCAAGAAGAAGGAUUCAAGUCGAUCUUCUGGAUGUUCGGAACAUCAUACGGUGCAGCUGUUGCAUUAGCAGUAGCAAUACACUAUUGCCAUCGAUGCAUGAUUCCUCAAUAAUGUAUACCUUGGCUCAAGAGCAUGGUGAUCUUAUUAAUGUUCAUGACUGGUAUCAAUCUUUCAAAUCAAUAGUUAUUUGCUUGAGCAAUAAAGGGAAACAUGGGUCAAACUAUUCCCCAUCACUGAAGAAAAGGAAAGCUACCACUGAACCUGCAAAGCCAAGUGAGGCAUCAAUUCAAGCACGUUUUUGUAGGGCAGUUACAGAGCUCCAGAUUACAGGGCUACUUCGGAUGCCUAGCAAAAGACGGCCUGAUUAUGUGCAGAGAGUGGCCUUUGGACUUUAGUUCAGAAUUAUCAAACCGGUCUAAUCUCUCUCUAACUCCUUUUCUCCUGAAUAUAAUUUUGAUUUUGUAUUCCAGUAUAUAUUUCUUAUCAUCUUAAUGACCCAAAUUUUAUUUAAUUACUUGCCUCCACCCAACAACAAUUCCAUUGUAAUUCUUUGUUUUGGUAUGUAUGUAACCAUAGAUUUUAUUCUGGCUCUUACCAACAGCUUCUGGAAUUUGCACUAAUUCUUUUAGAAAAAAGGGAAAACCCAAAUUUAUAUUU